UGAGGGCUGGGUGUGUCUACUGCUGCUACUCUGUGCGUAGACACACUGCCAGAACGUGGUGGUUGAAAAUUCACCUUAUUGAAAUACUGUUUAACAUAAUAACACACGUUCGGAUUUUCUCAUAUUGUAUAGGAAUAUCAUUAAGUCAAGAUGUCUCGCUUAAACGAAUACCAAGUCAUCGGUCGUCGUCUCCCUACCGAGACUGUCCCUGAACCAAAGUUGUACAGAAUGAGAAUCUUUGCUCCAAACACCGUUGUUGCUAAGUCUCGUUACUGGUACUUCUUGCAGAAGUUGCACAAGGUCAAGAAGGCUUCUGGUGAAAUCAUCUCUGUCAACACCAUCGCCGAAGCUCACCCAACCAGAGUCAAGAACUUCGGUAUCUGGAUCAGAUACGACUCCAGAUCUGGUACCCACAACAUGUACAAGGAAUACAGAGACGUCUCUAGAGUCGGUGCUGUUGAAUACAUGUACCAGGACUUGGCUGCUAGACACAGAACUAGAUUCAGAUCCAUCCACAUCUUGAAGGUUGUUGAGUUGGAAAAGACUGACGAUGUCAAGAGACAAUACGUUAAGCAGUUCCUUUCCAAGGACCUUAAGUUCCCAUUGCCACACAGAAUUCCAAAGUCCAAGGCUAUCUUCUCUCCAAAGAGACCAACUACCUUCUACUAA